AUGAUAACCAGUAUAAGUCUAUCAAGGUCAGGUUAUGGACUGUUUAAACAUAGUCAAUGUCUGAACAACACAUUCAAUACAAUAAGAUACUUUGCCACCGAGGCACCAAAAGAGAUAAAAGACGCCAAAGCAUCAUACUUUGUUAGGACACGUGGUAGUUGCAAGUCUGCUGGUAUAGUCGGAUUGCCCAACAUUGGCAAGUCGACCCUAUUCAAUGCCCUGACCAGUUCACAAGCAGCCAUGGCAGCCAACUUCCCCUUUUGCACAAUCGACCCAAACAUUGGACUGGUAACAGUGCCAGACGAAAGAUUGGAUCAUAUAUCAAAGAUGUUGAAUACAAAGAGCAAAGUUACGACACAGUUGGAGUUUGUGGAUAUUGCUGGAUUGGUUAAGGGCGCAGCUGAUGGAGAGGGACUUGGAAACAAGUUCCUGGCAAACAUUAGACAGGUAUCACUCAUAGUUCAUUUGGUCCGUUGCUUUGAAGACAUAAACAUUACACACGUACAUAAUGGAGAGUUGAGUCCGGUCAAGGACAUUGAGACGAUCGAGACAGAGCUCAUCCUGGCCGAUCUCCAAUCACUCGAGAAGAUCAUCGCCGAGCAAAAGAAGAAGAUGACGCCCGAGCAAGCCUUGCGCCAUGAGCUGGCCAAGCGCGUUGUCAAGGCGCUGGAGGGCGGCACGAUGGCACGCGAUGUCGUCAUCGAGGAGAAAGAGUGGCCGGCCUUCCACAGCCUGCAUCUGCUGACGUCCAAGCCGAUGUUGUACACAUGCAAUGUGGGCGAGGGCGACGCCGCCACUGGCAACAAGUACACCGAAAUGGUCAAGGAGUUCAGCAGGCGCCAGGGUCUCGAGAUGGACCCAGUGGUCGUGUCGGCCAAGAUAGAAUCGGAGGUGGCACUGCUGGAGAGCGAAGAGAUGAAGACAGAGUUCUUACAACUAUAUGGUCUGACGCAUAAUGGAUUGUCCAAAGUGAUCAAUGGUGCUCGUCGUCUGAUGGGUCUCCAAUCCUACUACACAGCAUCAGAGAAAGAAUGUCGCGCAUGGACCAUCCCAGUUGGAACCAAGGCAAGACAAGCUGCCGGUGUCAUCCACACAGACUUUGAGAAAGGUUUCAUCAAGGCAGAUACCAUUGCAUACCAGGACUUUAUCGAUUGCAAUGGUGAUGAUAAGUUGGCAAAGGAGAGAGGCAAGCAAAGAAGUGAAGGUCCUCUGUACGAAGUGAAGGAUGGUGAUGUGAUGUUCUUCAAGUUCAAUUAA